UACACCGCCACAUCCAUCGAAGCCACCAACACACAACCCGGUACACCGGCCAAAUCUACAAGAGGAUGUGCUGCGAGGGUGGGGGAUGGUGACGAUAAUCGGGUAACGACGCUCGUCAACCACUGUACGCGACUGAUCAACACCGUAGUCUUUGUCAACUACUUGCGUGACCUCCUAAACACACCGAAAGGGGAUGUCGCAACCGCCGAGACUGAGAGGGGGGAGUUGCGGUGUGUACAACCUCGAGCUACCGCAGCUAUAUUCAAUGCAAACGUACGACGAGAGUUUGGCAUAGGCUUGCAGUUUAAGACGGUGUAUGAAAUGUGUGCGGCCGACUACGCUGCCAUCAAUGAGAAUGUAGCAAGGCAUACCGUCAAUGUCCUAGCUGACCUAGCCGAGUGUACAGACGUAGAUGCGAUCCCAGGGGCUAUGGAUGCAGUUAUCCAGCAGUGUAUACUACACCCGUCCAACGCAUACACUGGGUCAAAGAUCAAGACUAUGGCGGUGCAGCGGUAUACUGCAUAUCUUACAAAUACACAACUCAUGCCACCACCUCUCGAGUAUCCGCUGGCGAUGACCGAUGAACAUCACCGACUAGAUACAAUUCUAACUGUGAUUGCAGUGGAGACAGUGGAAUCUGACGACGAAGACGAGGACGAGGCAUCCUCAAUUCUGAAGUGUAACGUGACCCCUUCGGUUGUACGUAACAACAUGUACCUCUGGUACACAAACCAUUGGCACAUGAGUGAUGGUGAUGAUAAUGGUGAUGGUGAUGAUGAUGGUGAAGCAAGUGUAGAUUUAUUUGACAAAGCCACCGUGCGAAACAUACAGUCCUUGCACAGUAAAAUUUGA